AUGGUUUUGAAAUCUACAUCCGCGGGUAACGUUUCUGUAUAUCAAGUUGCUGGAUCUAAUGUGUCCAGAUCUCUACCAGACUGGAUAGCUAGAAAGAGAAGAAAAGAAUUGAAACAUGAUGCAGACUACAUGAACAGAGUCGAGUUAAUUCAGGACUUCGAAUUCAGUGAAGCCUCUAAUAAAAUCAGAGUCUCUCCAGAUGGUCAGUUUGCUAUGGCUACUGGAACUUACAAGCCACAAAUACAUGUGUAUGAUUUCUCUAACUUGUCACUCAAGUUUGAUAGACAUACUGAUAGUGAGAAUGUGGAUUUCCAAAUCUUGUCUAGCGAUUGGACCAAGUCUGUUCACUUACAGAAUGACAGAACGAUCGAGUUUCACACUAAGUGUGGGAUCCACUACAAAAGCAGAAUCCCAAAAUUUGGAAGAAGUCUUGUGUUUAAUGAAACUAACUGCGACUUGCUAAUCGGUGCUUCCGGAAAUGAAUUGUACAGAUUAAACUUAGAACAAGGGCGCUUCCUUAACCCCUAUGUUUUGGAUACAACUGAAGGCGUUAAUGCUGUCGAUAUUAAUCCUGUGCAUGGUUUAAUUUCUGCUGGUUUGGAAGAUGGCACUGUCGAAUUUUGGGACCCAAGAAGUAGACAAAGGGCAGCGAAGCUUUUUGUUUCUGAGCAACUUGGAGAACCAUGUCAGGUGACUGCAACUGCAUUUAGAAAUGAUGGCUUGAACUUUGCAUGUGGUACGUCUAGCGGAAAGUCUCUUAUUUAUGACUUGAGAACAUCAACCCCAUCAGUGGUGAAGGAUCAAGGAUACGGUUUUGAGGUAAAAAAGGUCAUUUGGAUUGAUGAGAACAGCAGCGAUGCGGACAAAAUUUUAACUUCUGAUAAAAGAAUUGCCAAAUUGUGGAGCAGAUAUGAUGGUAAACCAUAUACUUCCAUGGAACCAAGUGUUGAUAUCAACGAUGUGGCAUACGUAAAGGAAAGUGGAAUGUUCUUUAUGGCAAAUGAGGGUAUUCCAAUGCAUGCAUACUAUAUUCCAGACUUGGGCCCAGCUCCAAAAUGGUGUUCUUUCUUGGAUAACAUUACGGAGGAAAUGGAAGAGAAGCCGUCAGAUAGCGUUUACUCUAACUACAGAUUCAUCACCAGAGAUGAGGUGGCCAAGUUGAACUUGACACACUUGAUUGGCUCGAAUGUUUUGCGUUCUUACAUGCAUGGUUACUUUAUUAAUACAGAAUUGUACGAUAAGGUGAACUUGAUUGCCAAUCCUAACUCUUUCAAAGAUCAGCGUGAGAGAGAAAUCAGGAAGAAAAUCGAAAAAGAAAGAGAGUCUCGGAUCAGAUCCACCGGCGCUGUUACAAAUACCAAAAUCAAGGUCAACAAGGAGUUGGCUGAGAAAUUGCAAGAAAAGCCUGGAAACGAUGACCUUGUCAAUGAUGACCGUUUCAAGGAAUUGUUCGAGAACCCUGAUUUCGCUGUGGACGAACAAUCUCACGAGUACAAGCAACUCAAUCCAGUCCGUGCUACUAAGGAUAUUACGGUUACAGAUAAGCCUCGUGCCUUAACUGCUGCUGAGGAAUCUGAUGAAGAGCGCAUGAAUGGAGAUAACAAGCCAGAUGAGGAAUCUGAAUCCGAGUCUGAGAGCGAGCUGGAAGGUGAACUAGAUGAGAAACGCAAACAAAAGGUGCAAAAAGAGUUGGAAAGAUUGAGAGCGAAGAAGAAGCGCGAUGAAGAAGCCAACAGGUUUAUGAAUGAGAUGAGAGCUGUAACAGAAAAUGAGUCUGAGGCAAGACGUAACGAAACUUUCGAAAAACAAGUUCGCAAACUCAACCGUAUUGAAAAGGAGAAGAAUGAGCAUCGUCAAAACUCGAGAACCAGAAGCCAUGGAAAAGGAGAGAUGGAGGUUACUUUCCAACCAAAGAGACAAGAGAAGAAGAUCCGUUUCCGCUUGGACGACGACGAAGAUCUGCUGGAAAAACAUGGUAGAACCAAGCAACGGUUUGCAGGCCGUAGAAGCGCAUCAAAAAACCAGUUCCGUGGCAUGUAA